AAAGUAGCCGCCGUUCGCUACGACGGAAACUAAAGUGUGACGGCAUUUCACUUUACGACGAUCCAGGCCUUCCGUUUAAAUUCCGCAGAGCGCUUAAUUACGCUAUACGCUAACAUCCACACACCGCCCGGACAGUACCAGUAUCCGCCUAUCUGCUCAGGUACAAUGGGAAUAGAGGAUGAAACGGACCGGACGCUUUUCAUAAGAAAUCUGGACUCGCGAGUGUCGGAGGAGCUGCUGUUCGAGCUGUUUGUGCAGGCAGGACCUCUCAUCAGAACUAAAAUUCCUAAAGACGCGGAUGGGAAACAGAAAACAUUUGGCUUCGCCGUUUACAAACAUGAGGUGUCCGCGCCGUACGCCGUGCAGCUGCUCAACGGGACAGCGCUCUUUGGGAGAACUCUUCAUGUGCAGUUCAGAUCAGGCAGCACUCACAGCAGCAGUCCAGGGAACUCGCAGAAUUCAAGUCCUGUAAAUACCCCAAAUCCUCAUGGCCAAAGGACCCCAGUCCAGUUCAGUUCGCCACCGUAUACUCCUCCCCCUCAGAUGCAGCGGUCCUAUUCCUCUCCUGAUAAUCUGCAGAAGCAUGCUGUGAUGAACAACGCGAUGUGGCAGCUCCACAUGCAGCAGCUUGAUCAGCUGAACGGCGGCUUCUCCGCGCCUCAGCAGAGGCAGCUGUCCGCAGGUGGAAAUUCUGGCAGAGGGGGCUCGAGGCAACAUAAUAACACCCCGUAUCGACAGCAGCCGUCCCAGAUGCACAGCGGCGGCAGAAAUCAGCGCUAUGCGGAGGAGCCAGGCUCCGGCCGCCAUCAGCAACACGGCCACGGCCGGGACAGCUAUUACCACCAGAACGACAGGAGUGGCAACCGCCACUACAGCAGCAGAGGCGGAAGCAGACACCACGAGGACAGGGGUGGCAGCCGUGGCUACCAAGACAAUAGGUGGCGACGGUAAAGAGACGCUUAAAGGAUUUCUGCAAAGACUUCAACUCUUCACAAAUAUAUGGACAGCCUUCUAAAAACUAUCAUGAAAUUAUGUUCACAAACUCACAUGUAUACUCAGGUUGUUUGUACAUGAUCCUACCAGUUUGAAGAUUUAAUAACUUAUGCCUUAGAGCCAUUUUUGUUUACUUUUUAAGGCGUUUUUAAAUUUGUACACUUACAUACUUUCAUGUGAGCUUUUCCUCGCAGAUGUCUCAAAAAUUUUUGAGGGGAACAAUUGUAUUGUCACAAGAGCAAGGGGUGGGAAAAAAUUCAGACGUGACUGACCGUCAUUUUGGAAAAAAAACAACUUAUUUAAAAAAAAAAGGGGGGGGUUAGAAUAUUGGACAGUUUUUAUGUUAUGCAAAUUGUAUUUAAAUGGUGCUCCCAGAAUUUUUAAAUUCUUCAGGUACUUUGCAAAAAAAAAACAAGAACAAAAUUUCCAGCUAAAGAUUCCACCAGCACCAGUUUUACUGCAACAGGACACCAACCCUUUCUUAAUGUUUGAUCUGUUGACCUUGCUCUUUGCAAAAACGGGCUUUAUUUUAUUUUUUUAUUCUGAGUCUGUAAGACAAACUGUUUUAAAAAUGAACAUUUUCAUUAUUAUAAAGCUCCUUUUGAUUUGA